UACACACAGGACAACCAGAAGUAAGAUUGGGAACACUAGAAGGAGGCUUUUCCCUUGGAAGUAAGAAAGGAAGAGCUCCUGCACAGAAGCUUUGCUGCAGAGGCCAUGGGCUGUUGGAAGCAAGAGAAAACCAACACCUGGGUUUUUCCCACCCUGAUCCUCUGCCUCUAUGGAUUCUUCUACAUGAUGAAACCAUCAGAACCUUUCCUAACACCCUAUCUAACAGGACCAGACAAAAACCUGACCAUAGAUGAGGUUACCAACCAGAUUCUGCCAGUUUGGACAUACUCCUACCUCGCUCUCCUUUUCCCAGUGUUCCUGCUCACAGACUACGUGCGCUACAAGCCCGUGCUGCUCCUGCAGGGCUCCAGCCUCAUCGUCACCUGGCUCCUGCUGCUCUUUGCACAUGGAGUGGUGGCCAUGCAGGUGGUGGAAUUCUUCUACGGCAUGGUCACAGCCACCGAGGUGGCCUAUUACGCCUACAUCUACAGCGUGGUCAGCACCCAGCACUACCAGAGGGUCACCAGCUACUGCAGGAGCGUCACUCUGGUGGCAGCCACCGUGGCCGCCGUGCUGGGACAGCUGCUGGUGUCCUUAGCACACGUCUCCUACUUCUACCUCAACGCCAUGACCUUGGCUUCCGUGUCCGUGGCCUUCCUGUGUGCAUUCUUCCUGCCCAUGCCCCAGAGGAGCAUGUUCUUCCACAGGAAGGAUGGCCCUGAGCCUCUGCCAGGGCCUGACAAAGGGCUGGCUGCGGGCACUGCCCACAGCCCCUCGAGCUGCCCGCAGGAAAGGAGCCCCGAGGCUGCUGCCAGGGGCCCGAGCCCCCAGCCCCAGGCUGGGAAUGCCAGGCCCCAGGGGCACAUGCUCAGCGUGCUGCUGCAGCUGGGCAGGGACCUGAGGGAUUGCUACGGCUCCCGCAAACUCCUCUACUGGUCCCUGUGGUGGGCUCUGGCCACGGCCGGCUUUAACCAGGUGGUGAAUUAUGUCCAGGUGCUGUGGGACCUGCGAGCCCCCUCCCACAGCUCUGCAGUGUACAACGGAGCUGUCGAAGCAAUAGCAAUGUUUCUGAGCUCAGUAACAUCUUUCCUAGUGCAAUAUAUGAAGAUUAACUGGGACCAUUUUGGAGAACUGGCUUUAGGGUUCUUCUCUGCAAUAGAUGCUGGUUGUUUGUUUCUCAUGCACUUCUCUACCAGCAUCUGGGCAUGUUAUGCUGGAUAUCUCAUUUUCAAGGCAUGCUAUGUGCUCCUUCUGACAAUUGCAACGUUCCAGAUCGCUGUCAAUCUGAGCAUGGAACGCUAUGCCCUGAUGUUUGGAUUCAACAACUUCAUUGCCCUGCUAAUUCAGACCAUUCUCACAAUAGUUGUCGUAGAUUCAAGAGGCCUGGGACUGGACAUAGUGACCCAAUUUUUAAUUUAUGGCAGCUACUUCACAGUCAUACAUGGGAUUUUCAUGAUCAGAAGCAUUUGUGUGCUGGUCUCAUGCAAAUGCCAAAGGAAAAUAGUGAGAUCUUGCACAGAGCAGCUGAACCAGACUGAGCAUGAUUCAAGAGAGCAGAUUGUCACAAGCUACAUGACACGGCCGUAG